AUGGACUGCAUUAUAGACUACGAGUCCUAUCAGUCGCUGAAGCAGUCGUACGAUCAACUCGUGGACAACAAUCAGCUCUUGGAGUCUGAGAACGAGUCCCUCACGAGUAGUAAUCGACUGCUGAAGAGACUUCUGGAGACAUUGGAGACAAUUAAGACAUCGUUGGAGCAAAAGGUCCUCAUAAUGACCACUCAGUUGAACGGCAUCCGCAGCGACCAAUUGGUGCCAUUCGAACGGGAACUGCAAUGUCUGGAUGAGGACUACUGUCACCUCAAGUGUCUCCUGAAUCGCGUGGAGUUCGACGAGGAGGUGGACGCCGAAGACCGACCGCUGAAGACUUGGGUGGCGUUCGGCGGCAGAGGAAUAAGAGAUCCAAAGGUGUCAUACGACAUCUCCAGCGGACGUGACCCCCAGCGUGAAGCGGUUCCGGGUUGUUCAGAUCCGGGAAGCAUUAAAGAGCACAAACGCAUCCACAGCACUGAGAAGCAGUUCCGGUGCGAGUGGGAGGGCGCCGCCAACGAUGAGCUCAAUACCGGUUCCUAUUGUAAAAGUAUCUUAGCGGCCAGUUCUUCAAAUGGCGGUCAAAGAGUAGACGAGAACUGGAUCUACUCAUGUCUUUCAACUCUGUAUCUACAGUUGGAUCAGUUCGAGUCGGAGUCGUUUGAGUUACUUUUGGCGCAGAAAAAGAGCAAAAAGUUUGAAAAAAUUUGUGAACUAAAUCAGGACCGCAUCGAUGAGCUGAAGGGGUGGGUCGAGAAGCACAGGUAUCACAUCAAACAGUUGGAGACACUGAUGCGGAUGUUGGACAACGAGACCGUAGAAGUGGAUCAGAUCAAGAAGAUUAAGAACGACGUCGAGUACUACAUCGAGUCGUGGCAGGAGACUGACACAGAAAACACCCCAAAUGCCAACUGUGGGUCACGUUUGUCAAAGUGCACUACACGUCCAGCACUAAGACCACUGCAAAACAUUUUGAUGAACCAAACGCUGACACCAAUCGGCAGAUCAACUGAGAUUCCGAAGCCCUCGACUGUCAUUAGAAAAUCAGUGAACGGAUCCGUAAAACAGAAGACUCCGAUACACGAGAGGACUAUGCGAUCAGUUGGCCGCAAGAGUUAUAUACCGGGGUACUUGGAGCGCACAGUACUGGACAACAGUCCCAACGGCUUGCCAUUCACUCCAAUGACUAUUAUGAAGAAGUUGAGGAAUAAUAAGACAAUGAAUAACACGACUGCUGUCAACAACACAACGGUCUUCAACGACACGAUUGAAUCAAACAAAUUAAAACUGAAGUUAAUUUCACACCUGUUGUACAAGAAGUUCAACAAAAACAAAUCACACGCAAACCGCAAAACAAAUACUGUAACGACAAAAGACGGAUAA